AUGGAGCAAUAUACCUGGCUUGAAUUUUGUGUUAAACCAUCCCUCAUUAAAGAAUAUGUAUAUCAACUCUAUCUAAAUAGAUGAAAGCUUAAGAUUUACCCAAUUAAAGAGCACUCUUUUAAAUAUAUCUAGAUCAUCUUCAAUCUGUAUGUUAUGAAGAUUCAAAAUUCUAAGGAAAGAAAUUUAAAAGACUCUUAUAAGUCAUUUAUCAAAUUAAUGACACAUAUACACCUAUACUAAGUGAUUUCUCUAAAAAGAAUCUAUAAUUUGAACUUGUCUAACAUUAUUUCAAAGAAGCUUAAUAAACCGAAUACUAUAAAUUAUUAUUUUCAGCAUACACUCUAGAAUAUUUAACUGAAUAUAUCCUACAUAAAGAAAUCACUCCCGAAAGAUUGAAUUCAAUGAUUAAUCUUAAGGAAUUAGAAACCUUUUUGACUAUCUCUACAGAACCUAUUGCUAUUCUCAAUGUUUAAAGAUUAAUUGAAUUCUAUAUGCUUUAAGAAGAACAUAACAUUGAACAUCUAUUUUCUAUUCAUGAUAAACUUCAUAAAACCUUAGCUGAAUUCCCAGUUGCUUAUUCUACUCAAAAAAUUGAAGAUUACAGAUAUAUUAUCUUAUAAAGUAAAGAUGAGUUAUCUCCUGUUACUGAUUCUGAUGAAUCAUAAGAUUAAUAGACUGUUUCAAGAUAAAACAAACCAGCUAAUAGAUCUUUUAUUGAAAAAGAAAUUUUAGAUGGACCUAGUAGUACUAGAAUCAUUGUUAUCUAUCUUUAAAAUGGCAUAUCCACUAAUAAUAGAGAAUUACUCUUAUAAUUAUAAAGAAUAGUCAAUGGAGCUGAUCCGCUUGUUGAUAAAUUAAUCACUAUUUUCUUAAAAAACUGUUCUAUUCCAGACAUAGAUCAAAUAAUUAGACAAUUAGAUAUUGCUGCAAUCUCAGAAAUUAAUAUUAUCAGUAUUGUUGCUUAAUUAAUAUGUAAAUUUGCUAAUGGAAAUAAAGAUGUUACCAAAGUACUCAUAAAUCUGAUAAAUAAAUUCUAUAAAACUUUAUAAGAUUAAACUAGAACUUUACAGGAUUAAGUUAAAAGUAUUUCAGAAUUUGUAGAUAUCAUUUAAAAAUUACCUAUAUCUAUGCCCUGCAAAAUCGAUUAAUAUAAUUAAAAUGUCUAAUUAGCUUUAUCAUUAAUUUUAAGUCACUCUGAUAUAAAAUUAUUGCUUGAACCUAUUUAGGAAUUAUUUACUAAUUGUUUGGACAAUCUAACUUUUUUUAUUGAAAAUUGCUUAUCAAAAUUUAUUUUAGAAUAAAUUUAAGCUUUAAUUCUCAAAUCUAUUACAGAAUACAAUCCAUUAGAUUUCAAUAAUUAUUAUUCCUUAAUGCCCAUUUUAAAUUAAGAUUAUCCAUCCUUUGAAAUUAAAUUACCUCAUGAUGUCAAAGUUAAGUUAUUGAUCAAAUCUUUUAAAAGAGAAAAAAUUGUCACAAUCCAAUAAUUUGAUCAAAGUCAAUUAGAAGAUAAAUUAUAAUUCAAAUAUUCAAAAUUAUACAAAAAAUAAUCCCUAUUUCAUUAUAAAAAUUAAUAAUAUAAUAAAUCUAUUAGAUAAAUCGUUAAAUAUUUUGAAGCUUAUCUAUAUAGUCCACAAUUUGAAGUAAGAUAAUAUAUAGCUGAAAUUAGAGUUUUAGAAUGUCUUUUUUAAAACUUUAAAUCUAUUGGAGGUAUUUAAAUAAAUAAUUAAAAGCAUCCACACAUUCCUUAAUUGCAAGUUAAUUUAUAUGUUAUACUUUGGAAAAUGCAAUAUUUGAAAAUUUAGAUAUAUCUGAAGAAUUGGCUUAAUUCUUUUUUGACGGAAGAAUGAUAGAAAAGAUUUGUGCUGCAAAUCGUCAUAAUUAACCUUUACUGAAAUUAAUGGUUGAAAGACUUUAAGAUCCAGAUUGCUAUGUGUUUAAAACGAAUAAUUUAUUAUUGUAAACUUAAGAGAAAUACUUAUCGCUGUUUAUAAAUUAUUUAAGUGAAAAAAUGGUAAUAUGA